AUGAAAGGGAAGAUGGAAGAAUCGUCACGACCACCGCUCGGAGAAAUAAGAGUAAUUAUAGGAGGAAAUUCGACAGGCCAGUCAUCCAAGUCCAAGAAAGCAUACUUGAAGGUAGUGCAGAGCAUCCAGCUUUCUAGACGAUCUCCGAGAGCAAGGUACACGGACGAACCAGCGAUCACCUUCACGGACGAAGAUGCUGAGAGAAUUCAUCACCCCCACGAUGAUGCUCUCGUCAUCACCUUAAUGAUUGCUGAUUACGCAACUAGAAGAGUGUUGGUGGACAACGGAAGCUCGGCGGACAUUCUGUAUUAUCCUGCUUUUCAGCAAAUAAGGUUAGGACGAGACCAGCUUCGUCCAGUAAACUCCCCCCUAGUAGGUUUUGGUGGAAUGAAGGUACAACCCGUGGGGACUAUUUCCUUAUCAGUGGUAGUAGGGGCAUACCCACAACAAAUCACCAAGAAUGUGAUCUUCCUUGUGGUAGACUAUCCGUCCUCCUAUAAUGCCAUAAUCGGAAGACCAACUUUGAAUAGUUGGAAGGCUAUUACCUCUACUUAUCACCUAUCAGUCAAGUUUUCAAUAGAACACGGAGUAGGGCAGGUACAAGGGGACCAACUGGCAGCAAGAGAAUGUUACUUGGUCAUGCUGGCCAUGGAUGAACAAGUCCAAACCAUGAAUAUUGAAGAAAGGAGAAUGGUAGCAGAGCCUACCAAAGCAUUGGAAGAUAUUUCACUGGAUGAAGAUAACCCUGAGAAGUGUACCAGGGUUGGAGCAGAUCUAGAAGAGGAGAUUAAGAAGGACCUUGUCCAGUUUUUGAAGAAAAAUAUUGAUGUGUUUGCGUGGAGCCAUGAGGACAUGUCGGGUAUAGAUCCUAGUGUCAUCACCCACCGCCUGAAUGUAUGCCCUUCCUCCAAGCCAGUGCGGCAAAAGAAGAGGGUGUUUGCCUCUGAGAGGGACGGCGCUAUAAAAGACGAGGUUCAAAAGUUGAUGGUGGCGAGGUUUAUUAGGGAAGUGUAUUACCCGGAUUGGUUGGCCAAUAUAAGGAUGGACGAGGCAGACCAAAAGAAAAUAUCAUUCGUCACCAGCCAGGACUUAUUCUGUUAUAAGGUGAUGCCAUUUGGCUUAAAGAACGCAGGGGCAACAUAUCAGAGAUUGGUCAACCACAUGUUCCGUCCACAAAUUGGGCGGAAUGUGGAAGUUUACGUAGAUGACAUGCUAGUGAAGAGUCAGGAUGAAGGAAGGCAUCUAGACGACUUGCAGGAGACAUUUGACACACUGAGACAAUAUCACAUGAAGCUGAACCCUAGCAAAUGUGCUUUCGGAGUAUCAUCAGGGAAAUUCCUUGGCUUUAUGGUCUCCCACAGGGGAAUUGAAGCAAAUCCUGAUAAAAUUCAAGUAAUUCUGGACAUGAAGCCCCCACAGAAUACCAAAGAAAUCCAGUCCCUUACUGGACGAGUUGCUGCACUCAACAGGCUUGUCUCUAAAGCCACUGACAAGUGUUUACCAUUUUUCAAGGUUCUUAGAAAAGCAUUCGAAUGGACCGAUGAAUGUCAGAAAGCUUUCGACGAUCUGAAGACAUACCUUACCAUGGCACCAUUGCUGAGUCCGUCCGUAGUAGGAGAGGAGUUAUAUUUAUAUCUUGCAGUAACCCCACAUGCCGUGAGCUCAGCACUGAUAAGAGAAGAAGAUAAAGUGCAAAGACCCGUGUACUAUACGAGUAAGGCAUUGAGGGGAGCGGAAGGACGGUACCCACAAAUGGAGAAGUUAGCCUUCGCAUUGAUCACCACUUCCAGGAACCUGAGGCAUUAUUUCCAGGCCCAUAUCAUCAAUGUCAUGACAGAUCAUCCGCUCAAGAAGGCGAUGAAUAGACUGGAAGCUGCAGGACGAUUGACUCAUCAUGAUGAAACAGAAGGCAGUGAGAGGUGGGUCGUCCAUGUGGAUGGAUCAUCUACAAAACAUGUAGGUGGAAUUGGUGUGGUUUUACAAUCCCCAGAAGGAGACAAAUUGAGACAUAAGGUUCUUCUACAGUACCAAGCAACUAAUAAUGAAGUCGAGUAUGAAGCCCUUCUCAAAGGGCUAGAAUUGGCUACUAUACUCGUCCUGGGGGAUUCUCAAUUGGUCAUGGGGCAAGUAAAUGGAAUGUAUGAGGCAAAGGAGGAACGGAUGAGGAAAUACCUUAGCAAGCUGAUGCGCCUUAUGAAAAGAUUUGAAAAAGCUAAAUUUAUUCAAAUCCCAAGGGAGAAAAACGUGGAAGCUAAUACUAUAGCAAAAGAAGCCUCAGCAAAUGAAUCUGUAGACGAGUCUGGUGAAAUUCAGUACAUGCCAAGCAUAGAUGUUCCAGAAGUACAACAGGUGGAGAAUAGAGGAAAUUGGAUGACCCCGAUUAUAUCAUACUUGAAAGACGGACAACUACCAGAAGAGAAAGACGAAGCAAGGAAGUUGAGGACCCGGCUUGAGGGGGCAAAGGGGGUAUGGCCAGAUGAGUUGCUUGGUGUUCUACGAGCCUACAGGACGACGGUGAGAACCCCUACGGGGGAAACUCCUUUCAAGCUAGCUUAUGGAAGCGAAGCAGUCAUACCUGCAGAGGUACAUAUGGCCAAUCACAGGGUGAUGAUGUAUCAAGAUAAGGACAAUGAGGAGCAACUCCGUCUGAACCUUGAUCUAGUAGACGAGGUAAGGGCAGAUGUAGAAUACAGGACAGUAAAGUACAAGAACCUCAUGGCUAGGCAAUAUGAUGCAAUAGUGAAACCAAGACGUUUCAACAUAGGAGAUCUCGUCCUGAGAAAGGCAAGGAUCCUACUACUUGGAGGCCCUGGACGGGAGGAAACUGGAGCACCCUUGGAACGUGGAGCACUUGAGGAAGUACUAUCAGUAAAAGUUAGCCUAGACGGAAGUAUGGCCAUGGACGAGGCUGGACCUUGUCUGCAGACUUAUGAUUCUACUUAUAUUUAA